CAAAUAGAAAUUAUAUAGAAUUAUUUAAUAAUUUGUAUUCCACUGGAAUAAAAAUUUAAUUUCUGUCUUUAUCAAAUCUCUAUUUCAGAGUAUUUGUACGUAUGUACUUAUCGUCUGCUGUAUGAUCGAAUAUCGAAUAGGCGCUUGGCCAUGGAUCGCUGCAUUAGGUUUUCGUAAUCCCCGAAACCCAGACAAACCACUAUGGAAGUGCGGAGGUUCCCUGAUAUCGGCUAGGCAUGUUUUGACCGCAGCACAUUGUGCACAUAUGGAUGGAAUAGAAAACAUACACAAUCAUAAUAUUGCCAUUCUUAGAUUGGUGGAGGAGGUGCCAUUUUCGAGGUACGUAUAUCCCAUUUGUACGAAAGAGCCCCUACGAAAGAGCAACUUCGUCGGCUAUAACCCCCUUGUUGCUGGAUGGGGAGCAUUAAGAUAUAGACGACCACGACGUAAUGCAUUAAUGGAAGUACAAAUGCCAGUGAUUAAGAACGCCGAAUGCAAAAUAGCUUAUUCCAAAUUUCCUAAUGCACCUGAUAUCACUGAUGGUAUAAUAUGCGCCGAACAUGCUCAGGGUGGAGAGGAUUCUUGUACGGCUGACCGCGGCGGACCACUGCUGAUACAACAUGAAUUAACCUCGUAUUUAAUAGGUAUUGUGUCUUAUGCUUAUAAGUGCGGCACAGCUGGGUAUCCCAGCGUUUACACUAGGGUCACAUCGUACCUUGACUUCAUUCUCCAAGCGAUGCAAUAAUAUGAUAUUACUGUUCCAUAAAUAUCAUUGUGUAAAAAACGUAAAGUUGGAUUUUCUUAUUGUGGAGAUAAGAAACAGCUCAAAUUUACAUUGUUUUGUACGUUACAAAUUAUAGGCUUAAAAUGUACGAAAUGUAACUUUGAAACGACACUAAUUUUUUACGCACGAUAAACCUCCACGACUUAGGUAUGUAAAGAUGAUAAACGUGUAUUAAUUCUAUUAAUUUGGUAAUAAUAAACCAACUUUCUGAGAAGUUCUGUAAAUUUCGUUUCUGUUGUAUCAAGAGAAUAAUGGAAUAUUCCACUUAGAUCGUAUACUUCUUGUACGUACGUACAAAAUUUUCCGGCUAAUCUAAAACACUUCAUAAGAUAGAGAGCUUCUGGAAAUUCGGACACAGAGAGUGCAUAAAAUACAAGAUAAGUCUCGUGUCUUUCAAAAUUAUUUUUUAUUCGCUAAAAACGUCCUGUGUACUCAUGCAAUCACAUGCAACCUCGAAACUUCACUUAUUUUUUAUCACUUUCCAAUUCAAUACACAGUUUCUGCAUUUUUGACUAUAUGUAAGAGAAAUUUCCAUUCAGCCAAAGGUGUACUUACAGAUUAUAGAUUCCUAUACGACUCUCAGUAAAAAUUUAUCCGCACUCCAGAUAGUUAAAA